CUUUUUUAGAAUUCAUUAUUAUCGUUCCAAGCUAAAUAAUAAUGCUUUUUAAUUUUUCGCAUUUUUUGGGUUGACAACAUACAUAGCAUUGUCGAGUUACUACUGAAGCAAUGCUUAUAAUUGCAUGGAUGAGUUUGCUCAUAACUGAUUGAAUUGUCGGGCGUAUUAAGCACAUAUGGACUUCAACAGAAACUUUUUUUAGUGUUUAGCCACAAUGCUUUUUUAAAAGUUCAUGUUGUAAUGAGAUAAGAAAAGGGAAGUGCACAAAGUUUCGUUCAUGGUUACCACUCACUGACCCUUAACUUGCUGAAGAGUUAUUUUUAGACAGCCUAAUUUUGCGUAAGCAUGAGUCAAUGCAAAGAAUAUUAAAAAAAAAACACGUGUUAUAUUUAUGUAUUAUGUGAUUACUGUCAGGAAUAUAUUUGGACAAAACAUAAAAAAGCUAGUCUGUGCAUGGAGAGGGAAUCGGAAAUAACAUCUUAGAAAACUUCUUUGAUAACACCAGUGUAGCUGAGAUAUAUUGCGUAUACAUUUUAUUUUUUUUUUUUCAAGAAUGGACCGCAAAGAAAAUGAAAGAGUAUUUAGACUGCCAUCUGAUGCUCACAAUUUUGACAAUGAUCUUUAUGACCGUGCAAAAGAGUCAGUUGCAAGAAAGUCUUUAUUGCCUUUAUUAAAAGACGAAUUGAGGCUGAAAAUACAGACACGACGUCUGUCUCAGGGACUGGAUGAACUUAAAGUAGAUUUUGAACAUAAACCACAAACACCUCUUACAGAAAAAGAAAGAGAAAGACAAUGUUACAGAAAACGGUGCAACAGGUCCUCUGCACGAAAAUGUCGACUAAAGAAAAAACAAUUUAAUUAUCUGGUAAAACAGGAGCUGGUGGAUUUAAGAACAAAAAAUGUACAACUAAAAGAUAAAGUUUUUCAAUUGGAAACAGAGAAGGAGUUCUAUAUAUCUAAACUAUUCAAUACUCCAGAAAUUGUGAAUAUUUUUACAGAGUAUUAUGGAGCGACUUUAAACAGUGUAUGUGAAGUUGAGACAGAAGAUGUGUUGUGAUAUUCAAAAAUUACAAAAAAGGACAGAAUUAAUCAAAAUUGUAAUGGAUAAAAUAUCUCAUUACUAGUCAGUAAUCUUUAGCUAUUCGCCGUUCAUAUAUUGAACACAAAAAGAAGAGAUACAAAGAGUAGUAAAUUAGAAACUUAUUUCAAACUUAAAACUUGUUUUUCGAAAGAAAUGUAUCUAUCUUUAAACAAUUUUCAAUUGAGAAGUGCCAUAUGUAAAAUCAGAAUCAGUGCACAUGAUCUCAAAACAGAAAGAGACAGGUAUAAAACUUUAUAUAUAGAAAGAGACCAAAGGCUUUGUAAGAAAUGUACUCUAAAUCUGGUUGAAGAUGAACAACAUUUUAUUUCUAGUUGUCCAGCAUACAAUAAUGAUAGGGAGAUAUUUUUCAAGGAGAUAAACUGUAUCUGUCCCAAUUUUAUAUAUCUUUCAAUUGAGGCAAAAUUUGUCUAUACUAAAAUAUUUAGGGAGCUAUAUUAUUACAUGUCUAUAUGUUAGACGAAAUGUUAAUUAAUGUAUGUAAUAACAAUGAUAAUUGUAAUGAUUUUAUAGUUCUGAUCCUGCCUGGAAUUAAAUGUAUGUGAUUUUUAUAGAAUGAAGAUAAUAACAUCUGUCUGAACUUUUAAAUGUUUCAUUUUAAUAUAUAAAAAUGUUUUUCUGUUACAAAUCAUGAUGUAUUGUUUUAUGUGUACAUGUUAUGCUGCCCAUCAAGGGCCCUUGAUUGGAAUAAUAAAUAUUUUUAUUCUUA